AUGUUAAGAUAUUCAUCAAGGUUGCCGUCCCGGCUGUUGUUUUCCGGGAUAGGGCAGGUACGAUGGCGAAGAGCGGGAUCCAGGAGAACAAAGGAUAAAAGUCCCAGUUUGCAGGUAGUGAAAACCCCCGAGGAGCUGCUUCAAGAAUAUAGAAAUGUGGACAUUGACAAUUUACGCGAACAGUACGAAAACCUAAAUAAUGUCAGGUUCUGUGAGCCCAACAGGCAGUGGAUCUCCGCUAUGUUUGGCCUGGAUAGUGUUCCAGCAGAUUUCGAUUUUCUGGAUACGCCAGAAUCCCGGGGCAGAGUCCGCAGCCUUUUGAAAAAGAGGUAUGGCAGGAUGUCUACUUCGAUAUCGUUUAAAGACCUGUAUUUCACUGACAUAAACGUCGGAGACGUGGUCGAUUUAUCGCUUUCGCUGGACAGCAAUAAUCUUGCCGUUGUUGCUGAACUUCCGCAGGAUAUCAAAGACCCCCGUUACACUUUGAUCAACAAGUACGGAGAUCUGGAGUUUGUGAGCAAAAAACGUUUCCGUUUCCGACUGCCUUCUAUUUUUCCACCGGACUGGUUCAACGGUUCGGUGAUGAGCGAGCAAACAAUCCUGGCAGACCUUGGGAGCUAUGCCCAGCCCAUAGGUAAAGUGAAAUAUAAGCUCGAAGAAAACCCAGAUCGCGCUCGAAUGUUUGACGAGAUAAUCUCACAGGACAUCAAUGAUACAGAGGAACUGACCACGUACAUUGUUCCCUCUCUUCUUUCUGGAAUAUUGAGUGAGGAACUAUCCAAACUGAACAACAGGGCCUGGAGUUUGCUUCCUGACGUGAAUCUGAAGCUGGAGACUCUUCACAACGUUCUGCAGAGCUCAAACGGGCCCGUUCAGUUUAACUUUUGUGAGAUAUUCCGCGCUUGCAGCUUGGUGAAUUUGGAGGAGGUAGCAAAGGUGCUCCGUUCGAAAGACCCGCAGACAAUACAGAAGAGCAAUAAAAAACUACAUAAUCUGCUGACCCGGAUGCUGACAAUUGGAAACCAGUAUGACUGGGUGAGUCUGGGCAAGAGCCCUUUUGGAAAGGUUGGCAACACAGACAAGAUGAGUCCGGAAGCAGUUUACGCUCUCAUUCUGGGGUUGCGCAAAAAUAACCAAACGUAUGCUCAUGAUACAAAAAACAUGGUACCGAAACACGUGACCGUUGUUCCUCUGGAGACGAUUGUCGAGCACAAUAAAGUUGUGGAGGAUUACGAGGCAAACGAGGAACUGCACGGCCAGCUCACCGAGUAUAUCAUGCACAGACUCAAGGGAGGGUCUCCGAAGACACAGCCGCAGCAUUACGAGCGGAUUAUGGACAUGUAUCGACUGUACAUUGCCGGCUCUGUGAGCAGUCCUAGCUGCGAGUCUUUCUUGGUGAAGAUUGUGCGAAGACUUCCUAGCCACAACCAUCUUGAGAUCACCAGAGACGUCAUUUACGAGCUGCUUCUGAAACUAAAGGAGAUUGCACCGAAUGAGAACCCGAUUAAAUGGUGGAUAAACUUUCCUACUCCGGGAAGCGGACUUUCUCUCAAAGCAGACCUGGAGCAGGAGUUCCAUGCAAAAAUCACCAAAGACACGCUCAACAGUUUCUUUUUCGUUGACGAGGAAAUGUUCAACCAUCCACGUCCUCGUUUUUCUGACGUUGUCUACUGUAUUGACUCGGUCGACGCCAAAGAAAUCGACGACGGUGUCAGUGUGCACCAGUUGGACGAGAAUAAGUUCCUUGUUGGCGUGUUCGUUGCCGAUCCUGCCUCCUACAUCCAUCCAGAAAGCACGGUUGCAGACAUUGCGUUCGAGCGUGCGUCCACGCUUUAUUUACCCGACGUCGGAGCUGCCAACAACGGACUAUCGAUGAUGCCCGAGGCUCUGACAAAAUGUAUCCAGCUGGGUGUGCACGGGACUCCCCAGAGAGUGCUCAAGGUGAGCUAUGUGGUGGACAUUGCCAACAGAACAGCAGAGCUGGCGCCAGACGGUGUGCAGUUCGGUGUUGCUGACCAGUUCCUGAGUACCGAUUACGACUCGGUGCAUAAAAUUCUGGAGGACGCAAGCGAUGCAGACAAGAUCCUGAACGAGAUGUCCGCACGAACAAAAAUCCCAGUACCUAAGAUAUCGGCCGAUCUGAAAGCGCUGUACACUGUGGCAGACGUGCUCCGCAAGAGAGCGGAGGAAAAUGGAAGAGUCACCGUGUUUAAUAAUUUCUCGAUGGGCCGCAAGGUGGACACCAUCAAGGAGGACGCAGAGGACAUUCUCAUCAGUUUCAAGGAUAACCGCAGAAACCAGCAGCUCAAGUCCGAAGUGCUUGUUUCCGAGCUUAUGGUCAACUCCAACAGACUGAUGGGAGAAUUUUUCAAAGAGAAUAAAAUACCAGGCCUGUUCAAGAUCCAGAACAAACAGCCAACGACUCCAGAGGUGGCGCAGCAGUUGCGGGAGUUGCAGCAGAACAAGGGGACUGUGACCACUAACGAGUUCUUUUUGCUCAGCGAGUUCCUGAAUAAGUCGCACGUUGCUCCGUUCCCUGCAAGACACGAUUCUCUUGCCGUCGAGGCUUAUGCCACUGUCACGUCGCCACUGCGGAGAUUCGCCGAUCUCGUUAAUCAUUGGCAGCUGCACCGCUAUCUCGCCGAAGGCACGCCCGCCUUCAGACAGGAACAUGUCAACGCAAUGGCUUACCAUCUCGAGAUGCGCACCGACAUCGAUAAACGUGUUUCCUCGAAAAUCAUGACAUUCUACAUGUUCAAGCACCUCAAAUAUCUGCAAAAAUCCUCGAACGAGCCGCUCCGCGUCGAAUGUGUUGUUUGCAGGCCGGCUUCCGACGACGGCAUUCUAGAUGUUGUUCUACCUGACUACGGCGUGUACGGUGUGCUGGAAACCAGCCAGUCGGAUAGAAGUAGAGAGCUCUUGAGCGACAUUGAAGUGGGCGAUGUCAUCAAGGACGCCGUGAUCGUGGACAUGGACCUUCUAGAAGGUCUGCUUGUACUUAAAAGCGACAGCUACUAA